UAAAUUCCCCCAAUCCUCAACACUCCUUCACCGAAUACUUUCAUCUCGGCCAAUCCAGAUUCUCUUCUCAAAUCCCAAAUCCUUCCUCUUUCUGUUUUCCGAUACUAAGAGUAUCUUAGAAAUGGAUAAUUAUGGCAGCAGCGGGUACUUUGUAGACGAGAAAGCGGUUCGGGUUGAGAAUAUCUUCCUUGAGUUCUUGAAGACUUUCAGAGUGGCCGAGGAGGGAUCUAUGCCUUACUAUGAGGCGGAGGUGGAAGCAAUGAUGCGAAACGAGUCCAAUACAAUGUUUAUAGAUUUCUCUCAUGUCAUGCGCUUCAACGACCUUCUCCAAAAGGCUAUCUCCGAUGAAUUCCACCGAUUUGAACCUUACUUGAAGAAUGCUUGCAAGAGAUUUGUCUUGGAGCUCAAGCCCACCUUCAUUGCUGAUGAUAAUCCUAACAAAGACAUCAAUGUCGCCUUCUACAAUCUGCCCUUGGUUAAGCGAUUGAGGGAAUUGACUACGGUCGAGAUUGGGAAGCUGGUUUCUGUGAGCGGAGUGGUCACUCGGACCAGUGAAGUUCGCCCGGAGCUUCUUCAAGGAACUUUCAAGUGUUUGGAAUGUGGGAAUGUUAUUAAGAAUGUCGAACAGCAAUUCAAGUACACUGAGCCUAUUAUCUGCAUGAAUGCAGCAUGCCAGAACAGAACACAGUGGGCACUUUUAAGGCAAGAUAGCAAAUUUUCCGAUUGGCAGAGGGUUCGAAUGCAGGAGACAUCCCAGGAAAUACCUGCUGGCUCCCUUCCCAGAUCACUUGAUGUCAUUCUACGCCAUGAUAUUGUUGAACAAGCUAGGGCUGGUGACACGGUCGUAUUCACUGGUACUGUUGUGGUGAUUCCUGACAUUUUAGCAUUAGCUUCCCCAGGGGAGAGAGCUGAGUGUCGUAGAGAAGCAUCUCAACGCAGGAAUGCCUCUGCUGGUCAAGAAGGUGUCAAAGGUCUUCGUUCAUUGGGUGUGAGAGACCUUUCCUACCGCUUAGCCUUUAUAGCCAAUUCCAUACAGAUCUGUGAUGGUAGAAAAUAUAAUGAUAUCAGGAAGAGGAGGGAUGCUGAUGAUGAUGAUAUCCAGCAGUUCACGGCAGAAGAAUUGAAUGAUAUCCAACGAAUGAGGAAGACUCCUGACUUUUUCAACAAAAUUGUUGAUAGCAUUGCCCCAACCAUUUUUGGCCACCAAGAUAUCAAACGAGCAAUUCUGCUUAUGCUUUUAGGUGGAGUCCAUAAAUUUACCCAUGAAGGAAUCAAUUUGAGGGGUGAUAUCAAUGUCUGUAUUGUGGGCGAUCCCAGCUGUGCAAAGUCUCAAUUCCUCAAGUAUACAUCAGGUCUAGUUCCAAGGUCUGUCUACACAUCAGGGAAGUCUUCAUCCGCUGCUGGGCUAACUGCAACAGUGGCCAAAGAACCGGAAACCGGUGAAUUUUGUAUUGAGGCUGGCGCAUUAAUGCUUGCUGACAAUGGCGUCUGUUGUAUUGAUGAAUUUGACAAGAUGGACAUCAGAGAUCAGAGGGUUACUCAAGCUCUUGUUAUGCGACUCAGGCAACACGAAGAAACUAUAAUUCAUGAAGGUAAACCAUUAGCUGGGCAAGGAAAGAAACUUGUAAUAAGUGAUGAAUAUUUUCAGAGGGUUACUCAAGCUCUUGUUAUGCGACUCAGGCAACACGAAGAAACUAUAAUUCAUGAAGGCACUGGUUUGGCUGGAAUGAGACAGAGGGAUUUGAUACAAUGGUAUGUAAAUCAGCAGAAUGAGAAAAACAAUUACAGCACCAUGGAAGAAGCAGCAGCCGAAGUCAAAAAAGUGAAAGCAAUUAUUGAGAGCUUGAUAAGAAGGGAAGGCCAUUUGAUAGUUGUGGAUGAUGGUAGACAAGCGGCAGAGGAAGCUGAAACCGUGAGAUCCUCAACCAGAGAUGAUAGGAUUUUAGCCGUAGCUCCAAAUUAUGUCAUCGAUUAAUUUUUGGUGCUACUCU